UCACAACUCAACAGAGACAUCAUUGCUCCACUUUGGACAGACAUGGACAACACUGUCGGUGGAACAAUCACCUAUCGUCAGGUCACCAGUGGUAGAAUCUUACUAGCAGCCACAAACAACAUAAACCAGUAUUUUCCUAAUCUGAACUUCACUGCAUCAUGGCUGUUCAUUGCCACUUGGGAUAAAGUACCAUACUAUAACAACUUACAAUCGAGUUCAUCUUAUCAAGUUGUUUUGGUCUCUGGUGGCUCUCUGUCUUUUGUCAUGAUGAACUAUGGAAAUAUCUCCUCUACGGACCAUCGGUUUCAGGCUGGCUAUGGCACAGUCAACUCAACAAAUUACUUUUCCAUCCCUGUGCUUGAUGAAAAUAAGCUCUUCAACUCCAGCAAUGUCAGUGUGUCGGGACGCUGGGCAUUCCGUGUUGAUGGUGGACCUCAGGAAGGAAUUUUCUACCCAUAUGGAAAUGAGGAUACAAAAAACCCUGCAGAGUAUUUUGGAAGUUCACCUCUGAUCCCUCUGGCACAGCCGUUUGUCUACUUUGGAGUUAUUUAUAAUCAACUACACGUGAAUAACAAGGGGUAUUUGACUUUUAAUGGGCUGUUUUCCCAGUCGUAUCCCAAUUAUUUUCCUGCAUACUCGACUAGAGACAUCAUUGCUCCAUUAUGGACAAACAUUGACAUUACACAAAAAGGAACCAUCUCUUACCGACUAGUAACAGAUUCUCGUCUCUUGAAUCGGGCAUCAAAAGAUGUAAACCAAUAUUAUCCAAACUUGAACUUCUCUGCUUCAUGGGUUUUCAUUGCUACGUGGGAUAAAGUACCAAACUAUAUAUACAGACAGAAAUCAACCUUCCAAGUGGUUUUGGUGUCUGGCAAAAACAUGUCAUUUACACUUAUGCAUUAUGGUCAUAUCGGCCCAACAUAUUUUGUUAGCUCCGGCUAUGACACAAGUGAUUCAACUGAUUUCUUUUCCAUUCCUGUCUCUGACGUUACAUACCUUUCAUACACAAGCAAUGUCAACGUCACGGGUCGAUGGGUAUUUCGAGUUGACUAUGCAUCAGACAACAACGGACUGUUCUAUCCAUUUAGGAAUGGGCACAAACUAAACCUGGCAAGAGAGGUUUAUGGAUUAUUGAAGUUUCCUUUGCAGACACCAUUUUCUUACUUCGGGCUCACAUACAGUUCUGUUUAUGUUUACCAAAAUGGAUUUCUUACUUUCAACUGGCCACUGUUUCCUUCAAGUCCCCCAACUCUUCCAGCAAAUAUAGACAUUGUUGCUCCACUAUGGACAGAUAUUGAUAACAGUGACGUUUACGUUCAAGAAUUCAAGGGUGUCCGAGUACUACA